AUGACUACUAGAAGGGCAUCUAGAAGGAAUGAGGAAGAAAAUGUGGGUCAAGAAGCCCCUGCUCCUCUUCAAGCUCUGAUUGACCCAUUGGCUGAGAAUAUAACAAAUGCAGAGUUUAGGUCGACUUUUCAGGUGUUGGAUCAAGCCAUGACGGCACAAGCCAAUAGAGAGUUGGUAAUCCCCGUGAACCCAAAUAUGGUUGAGGAAGAUCCUCAAGCGUUUAUCAAUGAGGUCUACAAGAUACUUGCUAUUAUGGGAGUGACUCCAGUAGAGAAGGCGAAAUUGGCAACUUAUCAAGUCAAAGGGGUUGCACAAAUUUGGUUCAAUCAGUGGAAGAAGGCAAGGCCGGUAGAAGCGGGUCUCAUAGAAUGGGAGAGGUCUGGUGGAUGGGGUUGUUCAAGGUUUAGGCAAAAGUUCUCCGGGCAAGGUUAUUCUAAUGCUCCUCCAAGGCCUAACAAUGAAAGGGUGUCCAACCCAAAACCUCAAGGAGAUGGUAAUAGGUCUUCGAUGCCCACUUGUGCUAAGUGUGGGAGAAAUCAUGAGGGUAAUUGCUUAGCGGGUUACAAUGUUUGCUUUGGUUGUGGGAAGAUGGAUCACAAGAUAAGGAAUUGUCCUUUGGUUGAUAAGAAUGAUGGAUAUGGUCGUCGUAGGGCUCAACUCUAUCCUUCAUCUGAUCCAAGUGGUUCGGGUGCGAAUGCUCCUAAGCAAAACCGUUUCUAUGCACUUCAGACUGAAGGUGUAACGACCCUCAAAAUAAAGUAG